GCCAGUUACUGUUGCUCAGACUUGUUCAGGGUGCGAUCUCUUGCGACACGACAUCGGACAUAUUUGACAUCAGGUAAAAACAAAAAUGUUGUGUUGUAACGUAUCAGUGAUUGUGACAGUUUAGUUGUAUGCAACAAAUGCAAGGUCUUCUUUACUGUAUAUUAAGGGCCCACGAUCAAUGAAUUGAUCAAUCUGGCUCCUAUGUAUGUAGAUAGAAUUUGCAAUGUUUCUGUGCCUGGUAAUGAAGAGGAUAUGACUGGUUGCAAGGGCUGCUCAGCGAGGGUAUCCUGAAUUGGGGUUUGGAAGGCCCGAGGCGGUAGACGCAAAUAUGUCAAGUGUUGUCGCCUAUACUUGUCCUUUUUGGAAGCUUUUUCCAGUCCUUGAUUGUCUUUGGCAGAAAUGAGAAGUUUCUGUACUGUGUUCUUGGUGUUAUGAGCCGGGACUGCCUGUCAUGGCCUUGUCGCUGUCUAGGGGGCAGAGGGUCGAGUUUCUGUUUAAUGCUAGAGCAAUUGACCAGCCCAUUAUUUAUCCUGUACACAAAGGAGAGCCUUGAAAAUUGUCGCCGUUCCUCCAAUGGUGACCAGCCUAGUGUUUCCAGCAUGCUGCCAACACCAGAAUGUGUUCCUGUAGCGGUUUAGGACAAAACGUGCUGCCCGAGAAAUUUUAUGUGUAUGCAUAUUUUUUUUAAACGUUAAAAUAAUGUGUAACUAAACAUUAGUGUAUUUAUGACGUCAUUAUCUCACGACUAAAACAUUAAAAUAAAAUGUCCUAACUCUAUAGUUUUCAUUAAAGGUUAAAUGAGUUCCCCUGUGGGGAUCCGUUCUAUAAUGUGACUUUUUAAUUAUCACUAAGAUAGGGACUCUAAAUAAAUAAUCAGAAAAAUAGGAACACUAAAAAAGAAUAAUUAAAAGCUGCCCCAUUAAAAUCGGUUGAAAAACGUCAGAGUUAUAGCUUAGGAACAUGAAAUAAGUAGGCCUGGCCCCGACAGAUGUGAUUAUUACGAGUUCAAAACCCUCCAGUUUUCUUCAUUAAAUAUUUUGAAGUGCAUAUGCAGCACGUUUCGUCUAGAUUAAGCGUAAUAUUUUCUUUAUAGAACAAAAAAAGAGCUAAAUAAUCUUUUACAUUUUUAGGUUGAAUAACAUACACAGCUUAUUUCAGCGCAAUAUAAUCUGUUGACAAAGAGGAACAAUCUGUUGACAAAGGGGAACAAUCUGUUGACAAAGGGGAACAAUCUGUUGACAUAGGGGAACAAUCUGUUGACAAAGGGGAACAAUCUGUUGACAUAGGGGAACAAUCUGUUGACAAAGGGGAACAAUCUGUUGACAAAGGGGAACAAUCGGUUGACAAAAGGGAACAAUCUGUUGACAAAAGGGAACACUUUGUUGACAAAGGGGAACAAUCUGUUGACAAAGGGGAACCUCUUCAAAAACUUUACGAUAAUAUUAUUUUGAAACUCUCCAAUAUCGUAAAAAUGGUUAAUUUUUACCAAGUGUGGCCAAGAUGCAUCAAUUUUAUAUGGUGCGGUGCUUUGACCAAGGAAAAUCCAUUGUACAACCUCCUACACACAUCUGGAACGUUAAAUCUGAUUGUGAAACCAUUGUGGAAAUGAUGGAGACUUAUAGGAACAAAAGAAACAUGGAGACUUAUAGGAACAAAAGAAACAUGGAGACUUAUAGGAACAAAAGAAACACGGAGACUUAUAGGAACAAAAGAAACACGGAGACUUAUAGGAACAAAAGAAACAUGGAGACUUAUAGGAACAAACGAAACAUGGAGACUUAUAGGAACAAAAGAAACAUGGAGACUUAUAGGAACAAAAGAAACAUGGAGACUUAUAGGAACAAAAGAAACACGGAGACUUAUAGGAACAAAAGAAACAUGGAGACUUAUAGGAACAAAAGAAACAUGGAGACUUAUAGGAACAAAAGAAACAUGGAGACUUAUAGGAACAAAAGAAACAUGGAGACUUAUAGGAACAAAGGAGACUUAUAGGAACAAAAGAAACAUGGAGACUUAUAGGAACAAAAGAAACAUGGAGACUUAUAGGAACAAAAGAAACAUGGAGACUUAUAGGAACAAAAGAAACAUGGAGACUUAUAGGAACAAACGAAACACGGAGACUUAUAGGAACAAAAGAAACAUGGAGACUUAUAGGAACAAAAGAAACAUAAAAAAGACACCUUGAACACUGCCGAGUCAAUAUCUGACGUCAACAUAAAAUAAUUAGACUAACUAAUUUUGUUUGGAAAUGAAGAAUCUUUUACUAAAUGUACAAAAAAUAAUUUUAAACAGUGAAGUCUCCUAUGGACUGAAAUUGUUCCGUGUGUAACACAAUGGGUUCCGUGUGUAACACAAUAGUUCCGUGUAUAACACAAUGGGUUCCGUGUGUAACACAAUUGUUCCGUGUGUAACACAAUAGUUCGUGUGUAACACAAUAGUUCCGUGUGUAACACAAUAGUUCCGUGUGUAACACAAUAGUUCCGUGUGUAACACAACACCUUUGAGGCAUGGCUAUCCUCAUACAAUGCACACACACAUUCAGUGACGUAGUUUUACGACACGCUGAUGAGUGACUAAAUCACAAAAAUACGAUUCCCCCCUUACACACACACACACUCACACACACACACACACACACACACACACACACACAUCUACUCUAAAAUAAAGUUGGUAAUAAAUUUACUAAAAGAAAACCCAUGACUGUAAAAGUCUAGAUGCCCCAAAGCGCCCUUAAUGCACGCCCCUGAACUAUGGGAUAAUUCUAAUGUACUAUUUCUCUUGGGCACAUAGAAUACACAAAAAUGUAUUUAACACGCGUGCGUCCAACAAAAGCACACCGAAAGCGUUCAUGUAACGGAUGUUUGAAAGCGCACCGUUCUGAAUAAAGGCGCAUUAGAAUGUGCACACCAAAAAAUAAACUUAACUUGAACGUCCCCUUAUGCCGUUGAAUAGGAAAAUAAAUAAACUUUUUUUUUUUGGGCUCAUUUCCCUCUACCUUUUAUGAUUUUUUUAAAAAAAAAGUUACAGCUAUUGAGAUAAGGGGAUUCUAAACAAAACUUUCCAGGAACCAUCUGUAGGUCACGAGUAAUGACCAUAUCACAUUUGUUUGCGAUCCGUUGAUUGAUUUUCCUUGUGAUCGAACCACCCAUUACAAACAUACAUACAAACAUCGUCAUACGGAGCAAAAUAUGUCAAUUAAAAAUUGUGACACUAAAUCGACAAAUGUCAAGGUCACACUUUGAAAUAUUUCCACCAAGAAUAAACUUGAAAUGUAUAAACUGAUAAAAGUGCAAAAAAAGAAAUAAAUACACACUUAACUAUAUCAUGCUAGUACCACCCCCAGCUGCAAGCAUCUUGGUGCUAGUACUCAGCACUCUAACCCAUGGGCGCCCGCAGAAAACUUUCUAGGGGGGGGGGGCAAAAGAUCGAUUAACUUUCUAGGGGGGGGGGGGAAUUUUUUAGUAAUGUUUUAAGGGAGGUUUAAUUUACUGUAGGGUGGAUGUAGGAGUAUUUUGAUGUUUGUUUGUGUGGGGUUGAAUUUUUUAGUAAUGUUUUAAGGUAGUUUUAAUUUACUGUAGCGUAUUUGUAUGGUGAACGAACGGACAGGAUAUCAGCUUAGUUACUUUCUCUUUAUUUUCUCUUUACUUUAAUAAAUUGUUUGUCUAUUUUUGUCUAAAAAAUUUUUAUCCAAUCAAUCUGGGAGGGGGGGGCAAGUGCCCCCCCCCCUUCCCCCAUCUGCGGGCGCCCAUGCUCUAACCCCUAUCAAGCAAUAUCAGGACUGAAUUGUCUUUUAAAUACAGUGCUUUCACGUACAUUCACUUCAAUUAAGCUUCUACAUAUGUACAUUUGGUGUAACAUAAUACAGCAGUUAUUCUUUGAAACAUCCUGCAGAAUUCACAAUAAACAUGUGAGCGAUCAAAGGGUUCGGUUAAUUAUUUUAUUAAUUUUUACUCAGAUACAAAAUAUCAUUUUGGCGGCGAAAACGAUAUUUGAGUAAAUAAAUUAUUUACACUGAAAGUGUCUUGGCCUUAUUCACACUGAAGUGUCUUGGCCAUAUUCACACUGAAGUUUCUUGGCCUUAUUCACACUGAAGUGUCUUGGCCAUAUUCACACUGAAGUGUCUUGGCCAUAUUCACACUGAAGUGUCUUGGCCAUAUUCACACUGAAGUGUCUUGGCCAUAUUCACACUGAAGUGUCUUGGCCAUUCUGUUCUUGAUCCUCUCCAAUCUACAUUUUUAGAUUAUUAAUAGCUUAUAAUUUAUUUUCCAGAUUUCAGUACAGGAGUUAAAGAUGAGGCUACUGAUUGUUCUCCUAGCAGUCCCCAUGGUCCUGGCGGGGGACUUUGCCAAAAUGUGGGCGGAGGUGGAGGACAAAAUAAAGGAGAAGGGCUGGGGGGAUGAGAAGAAAGAGGAGCUCAAGGAUGUCGUUGACAAGAGUUGGGGUGAACAGGAGGUGAAAGGAUGGGGUGAAGAAGACCUGAAAGGUUGGGGUGAGGAGGGCAGCAAAGGCUCGGGAGAGGAGAAAUCCAAAGGAUGGGGUGAUGAGAAGGCCAAAGGAUGGGGUGAUGAGAAAUCCAAAGGAUGGGGAGAUGAGAAAGCCAAAGGAUGGGGUGAUGAGAAGGCCAAAGGAUGGGGUGAUGAGAAAGCCAAAGGAUGGGGUGAUGAGAAAUCCAAAGGAUGGGGUGAUGAGAAAUCCAAAGGAUGGGGGGAUGAGAAGAAAUCUAAGGGAUGGGGUGAUGAGAAGAAAUCUAAGGGAUGGGGUGAUGACAAGUCUAAAGGAUGGGGUGAGAAAAAGUCUCAAGGGUCUGAAGACGACAAGAAAUCGGUGGAUGUUGAACAGGUAAGUCGUUCUUUAUGUUCACGUAGAUAUGGACCGAGCAUUGUCAACAGAGCAUGUUAAUCCUACAAAACCUUUCAACAGAUUCGCAUUUCUAUACUCAUCAGGUCAUUUUAAUGACUGGAUUAUUAUUUUAUUUUUGAAUUCGCACAAUUGUUAAUUCUUUGACGGGGUUUAAACUCAGCCCAACUCCUGGCAUGGACCCGAUGACAUCUUAUUUUAAAAAAAAUAAAUUACAAUCAUUGCUUGCUUCUUUGGUUUUCCCCCUUCAGAACGGGGUUUUCAUUAUUCACCCAAUUUCAACAUUGUUGUGUCUCUAGGUCGCCGGUGUACCGGUCUGUCGGUCUACCGGUCUAUCGGUGUACCGGUCUAUCGUUGUACCGGUCUAUCGGUCUACCGGUAUAUCGGUCUACCGGUCUAUCGGUCUACCGGUAUAUCGGUCUACCGGUCUAUCGGUCUACCGGUAUAUCGGUCUACCGGUCUAUCGGUCUACCGGUCUAUCGGUCUACGGUCUAUCGGUCUACCGGUAUAUCGGUCUACCGGUCUAUCGGUCUACCGGUCUAUCGGUCUACCGGUCUAUCGGUCUACAGGUAUAUCGGUCUACCGGUCUAUUUUGAUGCACUAUAUUGUUUAUAUUAACCUUCUCUAAUUUUCUUAAUACCGGUUUGUCGGUCUCCCGGUAUAUCGGUCUCCCGGUCUAUCGGUCUACCGGUCUUUCGGUCUCCGGUCUAUCGGUCUACCGGUAUAUCGGUCUACCGGUCUAUCGGUCUACCGGUCUAUCGGUCUACCGGUCUAUCGGUCUACCGGUAUAUCGGUCUACCGGUCUAUUUUGAUGCAUUAAAUUGUUUAUAUUACCCUUCUCUAAUUUUCUUAAUCAACGCCAUUAAAUAACUAAUUUAAAUAAAACUAAAAAGUAUGACAGAAAAAAGCAUGAAUUAUCCAAACGUUCAUUUCACAAGGGAGGCAAUCUCUGUAACGGUGUUGCAUUUGGAGAAUAUGCAUUUGCGUCCCCAUUAAAAUCUAAAUUUUAUCAUUUUAAAGAAUAAAACACUUUUUAAAAAAUUAAAUUCUUGAAAAAAAAGGCAUUUAUAAAAACAAAGAGAGCUACCUAUUUAUAAAGCUGAACUGCCAGACACGUCUUUCAAUCAUCAUGGGAUACAAAAAAAAAAAAAAAAAAAAAAAAAAAAAAAAAAAAAAAAAAAAAAAAAAAAAAAAAAAAAAAAAAAAAAAAAAAAAAAAAAUAUUAAAAAAAAAAAAAAAGAAAACUUAUAAAAAAACAAAAACAAAAAAAAAAUUUUAAAAAAAAAAAAAAAAAAAAAAAAAAAAAAAAAAAAAAAAAAAAAAAAAAAAAAAAAGAAGUAUUUAUUAAUAAAAGUAUGUCAUUGCUUUUCUAUCAUUUCACACACUUGGUCAGGCUUUUGAUGUAUCCAAUCGGGUAAAUAAUGUACAUGAUACUGGUAAAAAUAAUAUCUUAGGGCUAUUUCAAAUAUAUUAAGUCAUUUCAUGGGAAGAAAUCCACAACCGUGUAAAAAAAAAAAGAAAAAAAAGCAAAUUUAAAAUUGUCGGAGAUGUCACCAUUGUCAUCAAUGUCACCACCAUGACAAAUACAACAGUCAACAUAUGUGUCAAACGUGUUGCUGAUGAUACUGAUUUCACUAGUGUUCAAUAUUAUAAAUCGCACUUUGGUCAAUAAUGUCACAAUUGUCACAAACGUCACCCGCUGUCAUCAAUGUCACACUCUCAACCCCCCCCCCCCCGCAAUUCUUUACUCACAGAAGAAAGUCUUGUUUGAGCAGUUCAAGGACUGGCUCAAGAGCCAGGAGCGUCAUGAUGACGCACAGGAGGAGUACAAGGAGUACAUGGCCAGGAACGUUGACAAGUUCAAAGAGUACCUGAAGAUCAAGGUAAGUCGUCCGUCCGUUGGGUGUCCAGGUGACGGAGCGUGGCGCCCCAUGCGUUGUUCCCGUGUCAAGCUUACUCUUAAACUGUCCCAAACUCAGCCUUGCACACUUUCUUCCGGUUCAACCCUCCCUUGGCCCCACGCUUAUCUGGCCGCGCCAACUUUCUUCGGGUUCAACUAUACAUUGGUCCCCAAACUUACCUGGCCAAGUCUUUGUCAACAUGCAGUUAUUAUGAUUCAUAUUAUGUGCAAUGCCAAAAUAUUAAUAAAUGUCAUCAUAAAGUUCCACAAACCGUACAAACUGCCACGCACUGGCUUCUAUACUGAGAACUUAAUCUCUUAUUUUAAUUUUAUGGCUCUUUCAAAGAGUGCAUAACAAAGGACGAUAUCAUAGAGAAAUACAAUAUCAAAAAUACGACACUCAAAACAGUAUUAAUUACAAUUAAUAAGAUUUAUUUAAGUAUUAUUAUAAUUACUAAACAAAAUAAAUAUAAUUACAAUCAUCAACUUACAGAGUAUGAGAAGUCUUGUACCGGUACACAGUUAGUACAAUGUGCCAAUUAAUAAAGAACAAUGAUGAAUGCAAAUAAACACAUAUGAAUACACACAGAAUAAUACAUUUAUCUCAUGAAGUGAAAAAUAUCUAUCAAACCCCUUUAUCUCAUGAAGUGAAAAAUAUCUAUCAAACCCCCCCCCCUAACCGCCUUUCCGAUGAAUCUCUAAAUCCCCUUUUAUAUCUAUGCGUCGGUAGAACCAACGCUUCUAGAAUUCAACAUUGUUUAUCUUUCUAGUCAAUUAUCGAAGUUUCCCCAAAAUUCGAAUAGAAUAUAUUAGUUAUUUUUAGUUGAAAGUUGUGGAAAACAACGGCUAAGAUUAAAGGAAAUAGGUCACGCUAAAUACGAACGCCGUCUAAUGUGGGCUCAACCAGAGUUCACGGCACGGGGAAAGUGUGACGUAAACACGUCCUACAUACCACAAACCAUUUAUUUCAAUCUGUGUUAAUGGAUCAAGUGAUAACUAAUAAACAUGGGAAGUUUCAGAACUGUUAAGUGAUAUUAGAAAUAUAUUUUAGAAUGCACAAUAGUCAUUAAAAAUGUAUUCUUAUAUACAGCAAAUACUAAUCUAAAUCUUAAGCACCAGAAACGAAGACAAUGGUUUUAAGUUGUUACCUUCAAUAGUUCUCGAAUCGUUUUUGUCUUGGUCUUCUCUGAUCGACUGAACGCAGGAAUCAGCGGAUCGCUAUUUGAAUCUCUGGUCUUAUCAUUAGACAUUUUUGAACCAAAAUGAGGCGAGCGACUUGGGAGCUAACUCUAACCCUAACCCUAACACUAACUCUAACCCUAACCCUAAACCUAACACUAACCCUAAACCCGACCCUAACACAAUCUAAUUUUUUUUGGCACAAAACUUAAGAAAAAAAAAUAUAUUAAACACAUCACAAUCUAUCUUUUUUGUCAUAUGUCCAAAUCUCUUAUUUAUUCACUUAAACUAUUGCAAGACAGGCGCAGGAUAAACUACUAUAUAAAUUAUAUGUACACUUGUAUGUAACAAUUAUGUACGCUUGUAUGGUGCAAUUAUGUACGUGUGUAUGUAGCGAUUAUGCACGCGUGUAUGUAGUAAUAUAUGCAACAAUUUAGGUGCACUUGUAUGUAGAGUGAAUAACUGCUACCAAUGUUUUGAAGCCGAUGAAAACAUUCACCAACAUUUCCAGGAAUUCAAAGAGAACCAAGAGAAAGAAGCCAAACAAGCCAUCUACAGGCAGAUGGAGAAGAUCCACAUGAAGAAGAUGUUGACGGAGAAGCUGACCGGUCUGACCAAGGAGUACAAGGAGCAGAAGCUUCACUUCAUCUUCUCCAUUACUGGACAUUUCCUGGAGUUCUGCAAGUGUGACAACUCCAGGGACAUUCUGGAGAGGUCAGAACUAAUUUAAUUUUUUAAUGCACAAUUUUAAUUUGAGGAUAUCGCCGUUUUAAUUAGAGGAUAUCGACUUUUCUACUUCUCAUAACCCUGUCUGUUAUAGCUAUUUAUUAUGUAAAUGAACUUUGUUUAAUCCAAAAAAAGUUGUAACUUUAUAGGCUUGCACCAAUAUUGGUUGAAAUCACAAUUGGAAUCAAGGGGUCCUCAAAUUUUUUUAAAAAUGGAUCGAUCAACCCUCUCUCUCAGACACUGUUUGGUGCCUGGCUUUAGUUUAAAAAAAAUAAUAUGAACACAUUCCUAUGAACACUAAAAUUAUCUCAUUUAAUUAAAUUUUUCAUUUCUGAACAUAUCUCAUUUCUGAACAUAUCUCAUUUCUUAAGAUAUCUCAUUUCUGAACAUAUCUCAUUUUUGAACAUAUCUCAUUUCUGAACAUAUCUCAUUUCUGAACAUAUCUCAUUUCUGAACAUAUCUCAUUUCUGAACAUAUCUCAUUUCUUAAGAUAUCUCAUUUCUGAACAUAUCUCAUUUCUGAACAUAUCUCAUUUCUGAACAUAUCUCAUUUCUUAAGAUAUCUCAUUUCUGAACAUAUCUCAUUUUUGAACAUAUCUCAUUUCUGAACAUAUCUCAUUUCUGAACAUAUCUCAUUUCUGAACAUAUCUCAUUUCUGAACAUAUCUCAUUUCUUAAGAUAUCUCAUUUCUGAACAUAUCUCAUUUUUGAACAUAUCUCAUUUCUGAACAUAUCUCAUUUCUGAACAUAUCUCAUCUGUGUUGCAAAAAGAAAACAAAAACGAGGGGUAACUAUUAGCUAUUUGAAAUUUAGAGGGAUUUUAAUUAACAUAAACUAAUUAGUAUUUAAAUGUCCAUUAUGGGCUACUUCUGGGUCAAUUCAAUUCCUGGUUCUAUAUUUGUCAUUGCUACCCGGGUACCCGUACGGCAGGGCAAAAGAUUACUGGCAGGCUCGCCCAGGUCCACGAGUCGUAGUUUGACGACCACUUGCUUAAAUAAUUAAUGGCUCAGAUCAUUCAUGGCUCAAAUAGUUACUUACUCAUUCAUUAAUGGCUUAAAAAGUAGUGAUGUCCGUUGCCAUGACGACAUUUUAAAAUAAUGUUAUUUUUUUUGGUUCUGUUUUGUCCAGGAUUGCUUCCGGUCAGUUUGGAAGCCCAGACCUUGAGGUCGAUGACAGCGCACAACUGUCAGACACACUUGACAUUGAGGACUUCGGUAUCAAUGGAACACUGGCCAUGUUCAACUCUAGCAUCGCAGAGUACAUGAACAACUCCAGUAAGAAAGAGGUAAUGUACUAUUUGUAUAGUUUCCCUGAAGAAACUUCAAUGUUCCACCAGAGAACCUUCUUAUAUAACUAAUAUGUUUUAUACAUGGCCGACCCCCCCCCCCCCCCAGCAAGAAGGUGGUCAUGCUAGUAAUUUAGUUUACCUAAAUAAAAUUUAAUGAUAGCCAGAGCUCGCUUUCCGUAAUGAUUAUCGUAUGUAUUUAUACGCAGUUCUUCUGCUAUUUGCCUAGAUUAGAGCUAAUGGGGGGCCCAAUGCAUCAUUUUGCCCAAGGCCACCACCUCCCUCCAAAAUAAAAAAAUCCCAUUAAGCUUGCCUUGUUUGAUAACUUCCCAGGAUAGCAGGGAUGUCAUUUGGGUAGAGUAGGGCAAGGUGGCAUAUGCCCUCGCCCACCCCUGAAAAACCCUGAAAUGACGCACCUGCAGGAUAGGCGAGAGAGAGAGUUAAUGAAUUAAUGUUAUAAAUAUAUACAUGUUUUCCUACUUUUCCCACUACAGUACAAAGCAAAGCUCCACUAAUGAUGAGAAAAAGCGUCAUGUUUUCGAAAUAGAGCCUCUCUUUAGUUGAUACAAAGCUGUUGUUGUUGUUUUUUUUGUGUGGUUAAGUUACUAUAAAAGAUGAUUUCUGGUAUGAAUUAAUUGGAUUUGAGAGUAGUUAAUAAAAACAAGACAGAUGAUAAAUUAAGUCAAAGGUGUUUUCAUUUUGCUAUGGGGGGUGGGGCGUAUUCAUCAACGAAAGAAACGCCUCUGGCCUGCCAACCGUAACCACCACAAUAGUUAAAUCGACACUUUUGUAAAGUACCAAUUGGGAUUCUUAUAAAGUGAGUUACUUGUAUGCACGUAUGCUCGUAGGCGACCGUUUCGUCCCCACUUACGUCCCCACCGGACAACUCCCUGGACGGUGGGGGGGGGCGGUAACGCAACACCUUUCCCCCGGAGAGGAAGCAAAGCCGUUCAGACCCAAGGAGAGUGGACCGCGAACGCUUUAAACGCAGCGUUUUCAGUCGACCGGAAGUCCACCAGGCCAGUGGGGGGGGGGGUGGUUCCCGGCGAGUUUCCGCACGUUCUGGCGACGGGGAGACCCGGCGUCGACUUGUGUCGGGGUGUGCCGGGAGGGGUAUUAAGAGCUCACGCCGACGCCCAAACCGACGCCAUCUCCAUUAUAACGUUAGUAGUAUGCACGUUUUGUCAGAUUUUCAGCCCCUCCCCUUAGCUCGAUAUGACAUUUUGUGAAGGAUUUAUGCAAAAAACUUAGGUUUUUAAAGUUUGUCUAUUUAACAAGAUCUUUGAUUUUAAAAAUAAAAUGUUUUUGUGAAGGCGGCACUAUAAUAAUAAUAAUAAUAAUCGUAUAAAUGCUUCGCCCAUGGUUCGUCCUUGUUCAGGAGAAGAUCAAGUGGUUCGCCAGCCUGGAACGGGCCGAGCAGGUCAAGUUCGUCCUGAACGAAUACGUCACCAUCAUGUGCAGCUCGGCCAAGCAGCUGACCAACGUCCUGAGACACGCAGAGCCUGACCUGGUCGCGUACAACAAGAAGCUGAGGACUGGGCAGUAACAAAGUACUUAAAAAAAUUGACUUUCAUUUUAGUUUUUCAUAUUUGCUAUAUACUUUGGUCAUUGGUGCAUAAAGAUAUUUACGUAAGUGUGUGUACAUUUACAUAUUUAAGCACUUUUUUGUACACAUAGAUAUUAAUGUAGUUUUUUUUCACACACAAAUAUUGACGUAGUUUUUUUCUAUAGAGAUAUUGACAUAGUUUUUUAUACACAUAUAUUGACAUAGUUUUUUAUACACAUAUAUUGACAUAGUUUUUUAUACACAUAUAUUGAUGUAGUUUUUUAUACACAUAUAUUGACGUAGUUUUUUUUUGCACACAUUGAUAAUAACGUGUUUUUUAUACACAUAUAUUGACAUAGUUUUUUAUACACAUAUAUUGACAUAGUUUUUUAUACACAUAUAUUGACGUAGUUUUUUAUACACAUAUAUUGACGUAGUUUUUUUUUGCACACAUUGAUAAUAACGUGUUUUUAUACACAUAUAUUGACGUAGUUUUUUUUGCACACAUUGAUAAUAACGUGUUUUUUAUACACAUAUAUUGACGUAGUUUUUUUUGCACACAUUGAUAAUAACGUGUUUUUUAUACACAUAUAUUGACGUAGUUAUUAACGAUAUUAAUAGCGAUGAUGAUCAUGGCGGACAUAUUAAAAUAAUAAUAAUUUUAAAAAAUAAGCACGAAAUAAAAUAUUUUUUAAAAAUACAGUAGUUAUAUAAACAAGUAACAAACAAAAAACAUAACUGUAAUAAAUAAUUAAACAUAAGUCAAUCAUAAUUAUUAUUAUUAUUAAUUUUAUUAAUUGCGAUAAAGAUAAUAAUGAAAGUGGUAGUUACAAUAAUAAUAGCAUUUCCUAUAGAAGUUGACAUCUCGUCUGUGUCUGCCUUGCCUGUCAGCUGACCCAUUCCAUACACCCUAACCCUGGGCCCCAGAGUGAUGGGAUUGUAGGCUAUUUGAUUAGCGCAAACACGUAAAGGGCUAUAACAAUUGUAUUUCUUGCGUCGGGUCUAUUUAGUUGGGUUAUCAACCUUGUACCAGUUAGUUAACUUUAUCCAUUUAAACUCCAUUUUUUUUUUAUUUCCACAGGUCAUUAUUUAAUGUCGCUAGGAUGGAUGAUUUCUAGAGAAAAAAGACAUUAACUAAACAGACAGCAGACAGCAGACAGCAUCAGAAAGUGCGAUGUAUUGUUAACAAUGUUUUUUUUUAACCGCCUUUUGUAAUAAAUCUAUCUAAAAC